CAGCAGCAGUAGCAGCAGCGUACAGCAUGUAUCUGUGUGUCGGCAGAUCUGAUAAAGCAUCGGUUGGGUGUUUCUCUUUAAUUCUGCGGCAUCUCUCUCACUGUAUGCGGGCCUGCUGUUCUAGAGGAGGGCGGGCCGUGAGCACAACGAGCAGAUUUCAAUACAGUACAGUAAACUAGCUGAUGCGACACAUGUAACUACGGAGCACGGGAUGAUUUCAGCACGCAGCUCGCCUAACUUGGUUUGCAUUGAUUGGAUUUGGAAAUGGCACGCGGAGUUUCCAGUUGAGCACAGGCGCGGUCUGCUGUCUGGAGACUGACCUCGGGUAAACCCUCAGAGGCUCCGCGGACUUUGGAGAUAUUCUGCAGAGGUGUUUUUUGCGCAGCACGGUAACUCUUGCGCAACACAAAGGGGAUGAUCUCCAAAGCAACUGAUAAAGACUGAGUGAACCUACGAUUAUUAAAGGAUACACAGGCAGCUUGUGUAGCGGUGCAAGAUGAUGUCACUGAUAGAUCUGGACGAUGAUCAGCGAUGGGUGCCCACUCAUGUGAAUGUCACCGUCCUCCGCGCAAGAGGACUGCGAACCAAGGGCAAGCACGGCAGCCGCUACCUCUACACCAUCAUGCAGGUGGGGAAGGAGAAGUACACCACCGGGCUGGUGGAGAAGGCGGAGGUGCCCGAGUGGAGCGAGGAGUGCUGCUUCGAGCUGCUACCCGGGAUCCUGGAGGACGGCGGCCGGAGCGCCUACCCCCCGGGGAGCGGGGACCUGGUCCUCACCGUCAUGCACCGGGUGCUUAUCGGACUUGACGUGUUUCUCGGCCAAACCAUCAUUCCUCUUGAUAGGAUAUUUCAGGAGGGAAUGUGUCCUCGAGAUGAAUGGUUCAAGCUCAACUCUAAGGCGGGUAGAAAGGAAAAGGAACGUGGUGAACUUCAAGUAACAGUCCAGUUCACUCGCAACAACAUGACAGCCAGCAUGUUCGACCUCACCAUAAAGGACAAACCUCGCUCUGCUUUUGGCAAGCUCAAGGAUCGCGUCACGGGGAGGAAGAGGGGGGACAUGGAGUCCUCCUCAGCCAUUGUGCCAGGCCGCUUUGCCGCCCUGUCCGGAAACCUGGGGCAGCCGUUUGGAGAGCAGGGGGACGGAGGGCCGGCAGAGUCACGAGGAGAUGUGGAGAUAGCAGAGGAGAAGAGGAACAAAAUGAAAGAUUUUUUUAAAGGGAGGCUGCGCAAGUCAUCUGACACCAGGUCAUGCUCAUCGCUGGCUUCAGAGAGUAGUGUGUCUUCCAUGGCCAGUGAUAACCCCGGCCCUCCACCCAGCCUGGAUCUGAUGUCAGACCCUCCCAGCUCUCCUAUCUACACUAGCAAAGUGAGAGUGGACACCCAUUACGGAGAGAUAGAUUUAGCUAAAAAAGUGCUCACCAGCCAGCACACCACAAAGGUUCUCACACACAAGCGAGCCUUCAGCGAUGAAGCCAGUAAGAUCACGACAGCCUUCCCUCGAUCAAAUCCUGCAGUGGAGUCUCUGAAGGGUCAGACCAUGACUCAGUCCAAGUCUUCCCUGUGUAUAAAUGGCAGCCACGUCUAUGACUCCGAGCCAUCGACUCCAAAGACCUCAGGAGCCCACCAGCCCAAGCUGGACCUGCUGGAGAGGUGCUCCCCGCUCUCUCGUUCCCUGCAGAAUCUCACCAAGAGAAGCGAGGACAAAGGUUCCUUUGCCGAGGGCCAGCGCUGGUCCUUUGACAGGAUGAAGAAAGAUGAGAAGGAGGAAGAAAAGGAAUCUCGGGCAUCGUCUCCCCCAAUCCAGAAAGCUCAGAUGGGGGGUCGCCCUAUACAGGCAGAGAUGCCCAUCAUCUCCUCUGCUGCUCUUUCACCCGACAAAGGGAGGAAGCUGAGAAAGACGUUAUUCUCUGGAGGGAGAAGUGACUCUCUGCCAGCUAAGUCAGACCUGAACCAGGCUGGUUUGACAUCUGAGGGGAGGCUCAGAGGCUGGUUUGGCUCCGGUGAAUCCCAGAACAAGCCAAGGCUGGAAGUUUCUCCUAAGGUAGAAAGCAGCUCAGACAUACCCCCUCCCCUCCCUCCUCGCUCCCCUGUACCCCCUGAGUGCUCCUCUCCCUCUACCUCUCCCUCUGGUCAUGUCUCACCUGAUCACUGCAAUCACACCAAUCCCUUCACCCCCUCUCCCUCCUCAACCCCAAUUUCCCCCUCCAACCCUUUCCCCCCACGUAUGCAGCGCAAUCCCUUUUUUGAGGAUCUCAUGGCAGAAGAGUCACAGAGGUCCCCUCCUUUUGCGCCUUGCUCCUCAUCCGGCUCCUCCCCCUUUCAUUACACUACUCUGCCCUCCCAGCCCUGCACACCCAGCCCUGCUCAUGGUGUUAAAGCUACAAAUAUGGAUUACAUAAAGCGGGAGCGCCCCAGGUCAGUAGCUAGGCAGACAUCUCUCCCUGCAUUACUACCCAGAGCAGCCACAGCAAACCCCUCCGCCCCUCGAUGCACGUCAGAGAGUGCAGAAGAAUGGGAUGACUCGUUUGAUGCCUUUGCCUCCAGCAGGCUCAACUCACCUAUAGGGGGUCUUCCACAGAAACAGCUGAGAACCAGUCCUAUUUCAUCUCAUAGACACAGUUAUCUUCCAGUUAAUAACAACACCAAUAAUCAUGCACAAGAGCUGCAAACAUGUGAAGAGGAGCCUCCACCUUUGCCUCCAAGGAAACCUUUAAGAACGUCAGUGAAUGAGAUUUACUCUGACGGCUGGUUGCACAGAGGUCAAGAGCUGGCUGUCCAUAAAGAAGCCUACCUCCUCUCACAGACUGGCGUAGCCUCGCUGCAACGCGGAAGAGAAGGAGAAUGCAAAAGAAACAGUAUCUCUCCAGACCCUCACACCAGCAGCGAGACUUCCGACUCCCUCAGUGUUCCCUCUCAGCCAUACACCAAUAUGACUUCGUCAGGAUUCAUGUCUGAAGAAAAGCUCAAAAAGUUUAAAUAUGAACCUUUGGAAGAUGAAACCGACCGCUGGGGAGGGAUGUUGUUUGAACAAGACUUGUAUGGACGCGUGUGCAGAGGAAACUACGGACAACCCAAAGUAAAUUGUUUAUCGUUGAGCGCUGAAGAAACUUCUGGAAAAAAGAUAACAUCUAUAAACUCAGGACCUAAAAUACUUCUUGACAGUGAGAGAUCUGUUGCAACUCUUUUGAACAUGUCAUCUACUACUCCCUCAGAGCCAGAUGCAAAGGUACUAGAUAUCACAACCACUCCAGUAGAGGAGAUGGAGUCUAAUCCACCUCAAACCACAUGCAUCAACAAUAAUGUGUCUCUCUCACUAACCUCAGGAGAUCUGAACAUGAAUGUGAAUAAUUCAGAUUUUGGUUUCAUUGAUUCAGAUGGCUCUUCUCAGUCAGAGGUAGUUGAUACUCUCAAAGGCAUCAAGAGCGGGACUUUUCCACAGCCGCCAGAAGCUUUACAGAUAGCAGCUUACCAUCUAGAGACAGUGAGCACACCUGAGGAUAUGUUCACUUUAAAGGACACCUACAUACCUGAGAUGAACUCUUCCUUUGAAAUAACUGCAUCGUCUAACAAACUGUACAAAAUCUCUCCAGUUCUCCAAGACAAUUGCCAUGAUUGUCGAUGUGAACUAAAUAACGUGGCAUCACAUGGUAACUCCAGAAUGAACAGCAGAGAGAUCGCUGCUUUGUCGUCACAAAAUCAAACGUCGAAUGCAGCCAAUUUUGAAACUGAAUCCAGAGAAGUAAUAUCAAAAAGUGUGGAGGAUUUUAAAAAGACACAAAAGGACUUUGAUGAUAACGGAAAUCCACAAGCUGAAACAGCCACACUUAACCAGAGGGAGCCCUUUACUGGUGUGGUUAGUGCACGUUUUAGACCAAAAGGAGUGUCCCGACAGAACAGCAGCGGCAGCCCAAGUAACCAAAACAAAAGUGGAGACAGAGAUUUUGAACAGUUCUUGUCCCUCGUUCAAAAUAUUUCAGAAGUCCGUGAGGGACCAUUGUCAUACCAGCCCUCUAAAUCAGCUCUGUCUUCCUUACUGGCAUUAGAUAGCACCACACAUCACAACGAGUCUACUACAACAUCACAAAUAUCUUCACAGGAGAACACAGGAACAGGAAAAUCCUCUGAUAUCAGUUUUGAAGACCUUCACGCUAAAGUAGCACCAAACUCGAGAUCCCCUUCAAAGUCAAAGAUUGGGCAAUCUUUGCAAGAACCCUCCUCUCCCCCCAUCCCUAGUACACUCUCCCUGUCAGCCGGUGCACAGGCUACGCUCCACACUACCCCUGUUUGUUGCCCCUCCAUACAUCCCUCAAGCAUGGGGCCCAGUGCUGGAGGCUGCACUACUCUGGCUGUGGCCCCCUACACCUCCUCCUACUCUACCACCUCCACCACUGACCAGCCCCUGGUCGAUGCACGGCACACACUUUUGCCUGAGGAGACUCAGCCAGCUAGCAACCUGCCCCGUCAGGAGAGCAGACCUCACCCAGUAAGGCCGCUGACCUCCAGCCAAUCAGAGAAGAAGGAGGCUCGUUCGGUUCUGGAGAAGCUGAAGUCUACCAUCAACCCUGGACGCACUCUUCACCAGGAGGUGACAGUGGACAACUCGGCCCAGUACCAGCACCUGACCAACAUGGAGCUGAUCUCCCUGCUGCUGCAGCAGGAGAUGGACAUGCAGAAGCAGGAGGUGACCUCUGAGCAGCAGGCGGCGCAGCUGCAAAAAUGUGAGGCUGAACUGAAAAAGGUGAAGUUACAGGUUCGAGACCUGGAGGACUACAUUGAUAAUCUUUUACUGCGGAUAAUGGAGCAGACACCCACGCUGCUUCAAGUACGCAACAGACACAAGUGACGACAGUGCUAGUGUGUGUAAUGCAUAUGACGUACAAUCCUCUAGAAUGCUGUUUCCUCAAGAGUGGGUGCAAAACAAAGGGUUAUUAUUUAAAAUUGGGAAUCACUGUUCUAGAGACAGCUACAGUCAAACAAAUGCUCCAUGAAAUCUGAUCUCACAAUCAUCCAGGUCUUCUCACUGCUAAUACUGCCUUAUUGAUGUAGACACAAUAUUACCCAACAUGCAUGCUGGUUACUAUCCCAAUUUGGCACGAAAAGAAAACGGAAUAAAUUACUAUGAGAAAAAGCUUCUAUCAAAGCCAAAUGAUUAUUUUACAUGCGCUUUCUAGAAUAAUUUAAGGUAGUCAGCUCUUGUAACUCACUGCUUUCACACAUGCAUAAAAUAAAAUACAAGCUAGAGAAAACAAAUGUAAGUGCAUUUAAGGUGCUCUUCUGGGAUUAAAGUAGGUUCUCUGGCAAAAUAUGAUGUUAGCUCAAGUAACCUUAAAAAUACAGCUGUUGAAGUGCAAAAAUGGCAUUUUGUCACAAAGUUUUCAUCUCAAACUGUUUUAUGAAAUGUCAAGUGCACAAAAGGUUAACUUGAGGUAUAUAAUUACAUGUUUUCAAAUAGAAUUUAAGAAAUGCUACAAAAAAUAGUAACAUGUCAUUACUUUGCUGCACUGCAAUGUGAAUACUAUAAAAAGAGACGUUUCUGCAUUAACAUUGCUGUAUGAUAAGCAAAAAACAAUGUUCAUGUUGGAGCCUGAAAAGACUAAAGAAGAUGAAGACUUAUUGUUCAGAAUUUCUUUGUUUUUCAUUUUUACAAAAUACUGUUCAUUAAAUUCUUAUAUAUUGUUGAUGUAGAAGAAUGUUUUAAUAUAUUUGUAUGUUUGUUUGUCCAUUCUGCACUUUUGUUGUUGUUGAAAUAGUAAGUUUUACUGUAGAAAUUACAAAGCAUCAAUGCAACAGAUAAAAGUAUUAUAAGUUAUUUCUAUAAAAUACUUUUGUCAUGAUAAUAUGUUCUCUAAUGUCACUCUAGUACAACUGUAGCUGCUUGCAAUGCUUUACAUGACCACAGUACUGUACUGUAAUAAAAUAAAGUGCACAUAAGCCAAA